AUGGUAAAGUGCAUCAAGUGUCCAGACAGUCAUUAUGCAAACACAAAGAAGAAACACUGCCUCCAGAAAGUCGUGAGUUUUCUUGACCAUAAGGACCCCUUGGGGAUGUCUCUCACAACCAUAGCUUUGUGCUUCUUUGUCCUCACAACCGUGGUUCUUGGACUCUUUGUGAAGCACAGAGACACUCCAAUUGUCAAGGCUAAUAAUAGGACACUCAGUUACAUGUUGCUCAUCUCACUCAAGGUCUGUUUCCUAUGUUCCUUGCUCUUCAUUGGCCAUCCCAAUACUACCACCUGUAUCCUGCAGCAGAUCAUAUUUGGAGGUGCUUUCACUGUGGCUCUCGCCACUGUGUUGGCCAAAGCUAUCACUGUGGUUAUUGCCUUCAAGGUUACCUUUCCAAGGAGGGUGGUGAGGUGGUUAAUAAUAUCAAAGGCUCCAAACCUUAUAAUCCCUGUAUGUUCUCUGGUCCAUCUUGUCUUCUGUGGAAUCUGGCUAGGAACAUCUCCUCCCUUCCUUGACAAAGAUGCUCAUGCUCAACAUGAACAUAUCAUCCUUGUAUGUAACAAGGGCUCAGAUUUUGCUUUCCAUGGUAUAUUGGGAUACCUCUGUUCCUUGGCACUUGGAAGUUACAUUAUGGCUUUUUUGUCUCGGAAUCUGCCAGACACAUUCAAUGAAGCCAAGUUUCUAUCAUUCAGCAUGCUGGUGUUCUUCUGUGUCUGGGUCACAUUCCUACCUGUCUACCACAGCACCAAGGGGAAGGUCAUGGUGGCUAUGGAAGUCUUCUCUAUCUUGGCUUCAAGUGCAGCCCUCCUUGGUUUCAUUUUUGGCCCCAAGUGUUACAUUAUAUUAAUAAGGCCAGAAAAGAAUUCAAUUUAUAAUAUCAGGAAUAGGCCACAUUCUAAAAGGAAAAACCCUCUCAAAACUUAG